AUGUACACAGUGCUACUCCAAGACAUUGCGAGUAACGGGUUCGCCGUGGUCUCUGUCGAUCACCCAUAUGAUGCUGACAUCGUCGAAUAUCCCGAUGAUCGCACUGUUCUUGGAACAAACAUCACUACCAAUACAGAAUUCCUUUUGGCGCAGAACGUUCGAGUCAAAGACAUGUCCUUUGUUCUCGAUCAAAUACAGGACGAGAACGCGGUCAAAGGAAUAUUCCCUUUGUCAAAAGGAAAUUCGAAUCUACUAUCUCUCGACCGAGUAUCACUAUUCGGCUUAGGUUCAACAGCAGCACAGACAAUAUUAGUCGACGAUCGGUUUGUCGGGGGCAUCAAUCUAGACGGUGCACUAUGGGGCUCCGUCGUGAACAUAGGACUGUCGAAACCAUUCUUACUUUUCGGCCACACGAACUAUACCCAGGCAACCGAUGCUACCUGGAAGAAGUUUUGGUCCAAAAUCGCGAGGAUGGAAACUGGAGCUCGAGCUCGCGCAGUCUAA